AUGACGGCCGAGAAGCUGGGCAACAUGAUGGACGAGAUCGCGGCGAAAGGUCUGGAGUUCACAGACGUGCUCCUGUUCAACUUCAUCACAGACUCGCCCUGCCAAACUUGGCCGCAGCUGAUGAAGCAGCACCGCAACCUCUUAAAGGAAGGUGCUGGCGCAAACGACGCGGUGGCGUGCAUGGAGCUCAAGAGGUUGUAUGUUGCGGUGACAAGGGCGAAGAGGCGGCUUGUCAUCUGCGAGGACAGCGGGAAUGAGGAGGUGAUCCACCAGAUUUUCGGGGACUCUGUGGGCCAGAAGCUGACGGACGAGACGUUGGUGGACGUUGCAGAUCGCUCCCGCGAGCAGCAGAGCGGAGAAGCCUGGAGCAGGACUGCCGCCGGGCUGGUGAACAUGCAGCAAUUUGAGCAAGCGCUGAUGUGUUAUCAACGGGCCGGCAACGACGACGGCGUCAGGAAGUGCCAGGCACACCUGGCCUUUGAGGAGGCCGAGGCCUUCCAGGGACCAGACGCCCAGAAAGCGCAGCUCUGGCGAGUCGCUGGUCGCCGGUUCAAAGACGUCGAGGCUUGGAAAGAGGCUGCUGGCUGCUUCCGUCACGCAGGAGACUUCUUCGAAGCCGCGAAGCUCUUCCAGAAAGUGGGGAAGAACGCGGAGGCUGCGCACUGCUAUGUGGACGGAGGGCUCCGUGGCAACAAUCAGAUGCUUCUGGGGUUCUGGCUGCGUUAG